UUGUGUCGCUGAUAAGACGCUGUUAUCGUGCAUGGUGUUUGGCGCAAAUUCACACUUUUUGCUAAACAACCUACAUCAAAUAUAUGCUAACGAAAAUAGGUCGAACUUUGAACGGUGGGUCAUGGAUGAUCUGGAGUCAGAACUGAGGGUGCCCGGUGAAGAACGGGGCGAAAAUGAGUCUUCAGAUGACGAUGAAUCAAUCAACAGAAAACGAAUCAAGAAGCCAAACCUUCCCCUGGCGCCUCCUUUAUUUAAAGAGACACCCCGUGAGACUGGCUUUCACAAGACCACAAGGAACUGCCUCCAGCACAUCAGGGAGGUCUUGCUGCACCAUAGAUGGCAGGAUGCCGCAGAGUACAUGGCCAGUUACUCACAGACACUGGAGGAUACCACCGCAAACAUGCCACAACUCUACGCUGAGAUCAUUUGGAGGAUAGGCACAGAGAUACUACACCACCAUCCCAACUCGACGCUGGAAGACUACAACAGUUUCUAUGAGCGAGUGAAACACUCAGGAGUAAAGCAUUACCUGAAGGUCUGUCUGGAGCACUCGUUCCAUCUCCUGGUCAAUGGGCAGUUUGAGGAUGCCAAGCUUCAGCUGUCCAUCGCUGAGAGCUGGAGGUAUGGCAAGCAGUCAGCCGGUCAGUCCCAGAGGAUUAGGCUGAUCCAGGCCUAUAGUGGCUUCCUGGAUUACUUCAUCUGGUGUGACAAGAAAGCCACUGCAUCCAGCACAGAUGAGUAUGAUGCAGCUGUCAACCAAGAAAUGCAUAGCUACUUCCGACAAUCUUCUGUGAACCUGAAGGAGAUCAUGAAGCUUCCUGGCGUCUGGGAUCCUUUUGUUCUGAGUUACAUUGAUAUGCUGGAAUUCUACAACGGUCACGAGGGAGCUGUGAAGGUUCUAAAUGACUAUGCCUAUGACGACAGUUUCCCACCCAACCCCAAUGCCCAUGUCUACCUAUACCGGUACAUGAAGAAACAGAACCACCCACUGAAGAAACUUCUCAAAGUGCUGAAGAUCCUGCAUACAUUGGUCCCAAGUCAUGAGUUGAUGCCGGAAUACUGUUCUCUUCUGGUACAGUCGGAGAAUGAGGGUGAUCUUCAGAAGGCUCUAGGUGUGGUUCUGGAUCUCCUGGACUACUCCAGUUGGAGGAGCAACUUGGAUGUCUGGAACCAUUUGAUGAACAUCAUCAAGAGACUGAGGAUGAAAAAACAAUGGCUGAAGAUUUUUGCAGAGGAGAUGGGGUACAGAAAGGACUGGUGGCUAGCAAUACACUUCUCAACAUUCCAGGCCAGGAAAGAUUCGGCAGAGAAUAGAGAGCUACUGGAAGUGAAGAGCUUUGUUGUUGGAGCCUUUUGUCCUCACUAUGCCUCCAUGUACUGCGGUGUUGGUAAGGCAGCCCGAAAAGGAGUGACUUCUGAUGCUCGAAAGGCUAAGAGGAAUCCUAAACCGCUAAAAAAUAUAAGAAGGCUCCGGAGAGAAAGGGGACAGCAAAGCCAAGACUGACCUUGAGGAAGCUCCUGGAAUGCCACCAGGCACAGUGGCGAGAACAAACAUUUAGAAAAUGUGUGAAGAGCUUCUACCAUUGCCAAGAUCGGCAGGCAUGACCACCUCAUACAGUCAUCAGGUCAGACACUCUCCCCUUCCAUGACAGGUGUUCCAACUUCAUUAUUUUUCUUGUCUAGACUGUUCUUGGUUUUCUGCAUACAGUAGUUGCAGCCACGAUGACCAUUCCCCACCUUCAGAAGGCAGGCCUCUCAUUGCACUGCAAUGUAUGAUGCGUCAAAUUCUGUGAUUGUUCACCAGGGAGCACUCAAGCUAUGGCUACGUUUUUGAGUUGCUCUGCAGGCUGCUGCUCCGUCGUUUUUAAAAGUAGAUGAGGCAGAAAUUGAAGCAUGUGUUCACUGUGGUAGUUGGUCGGGAAUAGGGAGGUUGGGUGUGCUGCAGUAUUAAGUCUAGGAGGUAAUAAGCUCUGAGGCAGGUGUGGCCUCAACUGAACUUCCUCUGAUUCAUGGAGAACCCGCCUCCACUCACAUCAGCAAUACUAAACCCAGCUGGCCCAAAUGCCACAACCUCAACUCUGUGAUAGGACGGCCCUGGAUGACACAUAUUAACUACAGCGGUGACAACACACUACUGUAUAAUGCUGCUUCGUAACCAAGUGGGAGGUGGGAAUUUACCAAUUGUGAAGUCGUAAAUACCAGUUGGAUGCAUUCACGUGCUUUGAAAAGAUCAUUUGGCUAAUGGCCAACAAGCUACCUAAACCAUAAACUAAAAGCUAUCAUGCUGGUAAACAAAUGAGUGUUAAAAAAACAUAUUAAUAGAUUGCUUUUUAUAAAUAAUGAUUUGUUGCAUUUAAUUGCAGAAAAAUGCUGUUAUCCAGGUCAUUUCCUAAGUAGGUGAGGUCAGCAUGUGGGAGAAGUGGGAGCUCAGGAUGAUGUAUGAGUUUCCCACUAGUAAUUACCAAUUGGAGGGCCUUUCAAAUAUAUUUUUCCCAGUUGUAUAUGGUAAAUUCCCACUUGGUUACAAACGCAUUUGACCCCUCUGGUGCCAAUUAGCGAUCACUUUUUUCUCUCUUCUCUGCAUGACGCUCAAUGGAAAAGAAGAGUUGAGAUAGCAAUUGGUACUGUAUGUCAAACAACCAGCAGAAAAACAACCAGCCUCGUCUUUAUUCUUCCUCUGCCUUUCCCUUUGGGGAUGAAAGAGGAUCAACAUGGUCAUUGGUGCUCAAGUGGUGUAUUGAUGAUGUCAUAUCCUGGUGCAAAUUUCAAAAUAUCUCAUUGUGCCCAUUUGACACUGCCACAGUGAAAACAUAUAACUGCCCUGUUCAUUUACUUACAUCCUUAUCACUGAUCUAGCGUUAUUUAAUAGGUAAAAAGUAAUAUAUUGGGAUAUUUGCUUUAAUCUAUCCUAUCACAUUAUAUGUGUGAUUACUUCAAGGAUGGGAGGAAGGAUGCAUUUUUUUAGCAUUCAAAAAGGAUUCUGAGAUGCUAUGUCAUCCUGUUAUAAAGGGAGUUGAAAAGGAUGCUGCAUGUAACUGAAGUUGACUUUUACCUUUGUUUUGAAUGCUGUUCCCAUCAAGGCCACAAUGGCUAACCACUAUUUAAACAUUGUCUCCAUUUUAUUAACAUUUUGAUAUUUUUUUGUUGUAAUGGCACUAACUGAAUACACUUAUGGUGCUUUCAAGACAUCUGGGAACUCUGAAAAAAAUUGGUCAAAUCAUGACGUCAGUGAUCUUCGGCUCGGAAAGUCAGAGCUCUAGAAAGGUGCCAGAGUUCCCAACUUGGAAGUCCGAGUUGGAUGACUUAAAAGAUUUCUCCCAGUCAGAGCUUGUUUUUUUCAGAGUUCCCGGUUGUCUUGAACACACUGAAGUCGGAGAUUUCUGAGUUCCCAGUUGUUUUGAACACGGCAUUAAGAGACACUAAUCAGUGCAUAUUAUUAUGUGUGCUGUCCGACAGGGUUGACGAUUGUCAAUACAGUGUUGUGCUUUUGGUAACAGAUGUGAGAAAAUGAACAUUUAUCAUUGGACUGACAAUUUACACUACUUUCAUUUUUAAUAAACAAAAUGCUGUUCGAAUA